GGUCCUUAUGGCUUGCCGUCGGUGGAAGGGACGCGCGGUGCGGCGGUUUUGGAAUCGGCGGAAGCCAUGGCGGCCGCUGAGGGGGAGAGCGACGCCUUCGAUGCUAUCGUCAUGGCAGAAACGAGAUUUCAUGGUGAAGGCUAUCAAGAUGGUUAUGCUGAAGGAGUCCAGGCUGGUAUUGUGGAAGGAAGGCAACAUGGAAUACAGCAGGGUGCCAGAAUUGGCUCAGAAAUAGGCUCAUACCUUGGUUUUGCACUGACGUGGCAACAGUUGCUUCAGAAAACUUCAGAUGAAAAAUGCAGUAAAAAGAUAAAAGUCCUGGAGCAGUUAAUAGAGAUGAUUCAAAACUUUCCUUUGGAAGAUCCAGUUUAUGACAAACUUCAAGAUGACUUGGAGAAAAUUAGGGGACGGUUUAAACAAAUUUGCUCAUUAUUGCACAUUCCAUCUGAUUUAAGACUUGGUUCUGAGAGAAUUUCAUUUUCAUUUUGAAAGUAACAUAAAAAGAAAAUUGCUGUUGGAUAUAAAGAAUGGUUACUUCUCACACAGAGUGAUCAUCUUUUCUUUUCUACCCAGUGAGCAGAAAACGACAAAGAUAAAGCUAAUAACUUUAUAUUAUUAUACUCAAAUUGUAUCAUUGUUUUAACUUGUACAUUCAAGCUCAAUGGUGGCUUCAGCCUGAUGGUUAACAUACUCUUCCAGAAAUUAAUGUUACACAUUAAUAUUACAGAAGAAAAUUGGUCUAUGGAACAUCAGCUAAAUAGUGUUUUUUUUUCUUCAAUUGUGUCUGAUUCCUAGAGACAGCCUGGAAAAGUCCCUGCAGGUUUUUUGGCAAGAAUUUUUCAGAAGUGAUUUGCCCUUGCCUACUUCCUAAGGCUGAGAAAAGUGGCUGGCUCAAGAUCAUCCAGCUGGCUUUGUGCCAAAGAUGGGACUAGAUCUCAUGGUCUUCUAGUUUUUAACCUGAAGCCUUAAAUAUUAUACCAAUCUGACUCAUUAAUAACCUAUUGCCACCAUUUAUAUUUAAAAGGUGAUUGUAAGUAGUCCUCGACCUAUGAUCACAAUUGGGAUUGGGGCUUCUGUCAUUAGAUGUGUUUUUUAAAUGAUAAACACCUAAUUUUAUGAUCUUUUUUGCUGUAGUCAAUAGGUGAAUCAGUAGUUAAAUCAAUCUGUCUUUCCCAUUAACCUAUGGGAAGUUGACUGGAAAGAUUGCAAAUGGCAAGCAUGUGACCUGCUGUUGUAAGUACAUGCUGGUUGCAUGGAUCACAUGACUAGGAGUGCUGCAGUGGUCAUAUAACACUUUUUUCAGUGCUGUUGUAACUACAGAUAGUCACCAAAUGAAUGGCAAGAUGAGGAUUAUCCAUAAAGCAGCUUAAGAAUUUUAAAGUAGAUUUUGUAAACACUCUGAAAAGUGCCUUCCUAAAAUAGGCAUUCUGUAGGAAGUGAGUAAAAUGUACAUAUUUCACUAUAUUAGUGCGAAGACCACAAAUUUGAAACAUGUUAUCAGUGUAUCUAGUUUUACAAGUGUAUCUCAGAUGGGGUGUGUACUUUAUUUGUAAAUUAAUUUUGGAGGCUCCCAGAUAAACUGAUUUUUCUGUUAGUUGCUUUCUUUUUAGAAACAAUAGUGAUCACCAUCAUCAUUAUGAAAGUGCUAAGGUAUAUUUUGAAAAUAAACUUUAUUUGGAAGAAACACAUGAAGACCUGUAGAGAUUUUUGUAUCUUGCAGAAAGUGCCUUCAGAGGCCAAUCUGGCACUCUUGCUGCACAGUUUUAUGAAUAAUUUUAAUAGACAAGGUGAGAUUCAUUUGGCUUGUGGGCAUGUUCUAUUAUGUCCUGUUUCCCUCUUAUUAUUUUCCUUCCCUUUGGCAGUUUAGAGGAAAUAAGUUGCAAACUUAAGUCUACCAGCCCAAAUACAGGCCGUUGUAUGAGUUUUUAUGCCAUCAUUUGAAAUUGCAUAUUUAUAUAUUUAUUCAUUUUUAAAGUAUGCAUGCUGCAUCUCAGGCUCAGGCCUUCCUUGGAUGGUUUACAGUGCUGAGAGACAACAUACAAGAAUAAUAAUUAAAAUACAAUAAUGCAAUCAGUGCAAUAGUCAAUUAGUAAGAAUUACGAUUUAGCAUAUAUUUACCAAGUCCUGAAGUUGAAAGCUCUUUUGCCUGGCACUGAAAACAAAGGCAGCUGAAGGGGAGCAGAGUUAAAAUUUUGUUUUGAAAUGACAACAUUUUUCUUCUUGCUUUAAAGUCCCAAGAGCUAAGCCCCUAUCUUCAGUAUGCUUUUUUAAAUAAAAAGUUGAGUAUAUUUAUUUUGAACAACACUAUAGUAACUAAAUCAUGGGGGAUGCAUUUCCCAUUCCUUGUACUGCAUUGCUGUGUUGGUUGUUUUUGUUGCUUUGGGCUGACAAAGAUCAGGAGAAACCUGAAUUGUGUUAAAAUCCUACUAAAUUCCUUCAUGCUGUAUCUGUAUGAAUCAGAUUAACUUUAAAUUAUUGAGAUAUUAGAAACCUCUGAUUAGGGCCACCUAGUGGGAAAAAUAAUUAUAUCAGCUUUCAAACUUAAAAUUCCUAUGUUUUUGUUAGAAAUGGUAAAUCGUUUUAACUACAUUGGCUUUAAGAAGAAAGUUUUUGUUUUAAAAAAUGGAAGUGCAAUAACUGAAUAUUUGCUAAGCAGCUGAAAGUUCAUUUAUAUAGUCAAUGGUAAAUCUGAUGCUUUACCCAUAACUGAAAUUAUAUUCACAAUUGAAUUGUUAGUAUUGGUUGUAUUGAUCAUAAUAUGGUUGGCCAAAUUCACUGCCUGUUAUGUGUUAUAUUCUGAUAUUUGUACUAAAAUACUAUUUUCUUCAAAGUGAUUCUUGUUGUAAUUCAGUCUGUUACUUAAAGUGGCCUUCUGUGAAAAUUCUCUGUUUUAACCCAUUUAUUGAUAAUGUUUUUACUUCAGGGAAAAAAUAAUAAUUAAAACACUAAUAUGGAAGCAUA